GCCCGGGAGCAGCAGCAGGGCGGGGUUGUGGGGGGGCAGCGAGCUCCUGAGCCGGCUGCCGGUGAGGCGGGGUUUGGCCCAGGCGUGAGAGAGCCGGUGGGUUUCCAUGCAGGGCCAGCGUCGAGCGAUGAGCCGGGCCGGGACCCCCGGGGGAGCCGUUUGAUCCCCGGCCGCCAUGACCGAGUACAAGCUGGUGGUGGUGGGGGCUGGCGGCGUUGGCAAGAGCGCGCUCACCAUCCAGCUCAUCCAGAACCACUUUGUGGAUGAGUACGACCCCACCAUAGAGGACUCGUACCGGAAGCAGGUGGUGAUCGACGGCGAGACGUGCCUGCUGGACAUCCUGGACACAGCCGGGCAGGAGGAGUACAGCGCCAUGCGUGACCAGUACAUGCGCACGGGUGAGGGCUUCCUCUGUGUCUUCGCCAUCAACAACGCAAAGUCCUUCGAGGACGUGCACCACUACAGGGAGCAGAUCAGCAGGGUGAAGGAUUCAGACGAUGUCCCCAUGGUCUUAGUCGGUAACAAGUGCGACCUGCCCUCUCGGACGGUGGACACCAAACAGGCUCAGGAGCUGGCCAAAAGCUACGGGAUCCCUUUCAUUGAGACCUCGGCCAAAACCAGGCAGCCAGGGAGUGGAGGAUGCUUUCUACACGCUGGUGCGGGAGAUACGGAAACACAAGGAGAAGGUCAGCAAUGGACGCAAGAAGAAAUGCUCCAAGAAGAAGUGCGUGAUCCUCUGAGGGACAGACUGGCGCGGGAGCGGCGAGGAGCCUUCCGCCCCCGCACCCUUCCCCUCCUGAGCCCCUUUGGUGUGUAAACUCCAGCAGCGCAGCGUCCAGCAACAUCCUGAUGCUUAGUUGGCUUUGGAGCAGCUGGGAGGAGAAGGCAGCAGAGACUAGGAUGUGAUUCUCUUUUUUGGUUUCAUGGUUCCAUUCGUCCCUGAAGCUCCAACUAAAAACAAGUUUCAAAACUGCACCAAUCUACCCUACUCUACCCCCGGCGUCGGCCCAGAGAUGUCCUUCAGUUUGCUGGCUGUUUUUCGUAGGAGAAGGAAACAUCCCCUGAAACGACUGAAGACAGAAGCGCGGGAAGCAAAAUCCCAUGAGCUGAGGGGUUGUAAUUCCUCCCUGUCCGAUCAAACACCAGGCUGUGGUAACACAGACGCUAGCGUGGUUGAAUCUCUGGUCCCGUUAGCAGCUCUUUGGUUUGUUCUGCAGUUGGAGAGCAGGUCUUCACCAGGACAGGAACAGCUGUGCCACCUGUGGGUGCGAUGGAGGGAGAGGGUUACUUGCUCCCCAGAGAAAUAAGAACGUCCAGGCUGAGUGCAGUUUGCAACAGCUGGAGGCUUUGGAAGUCCUGCAGUCAGGAAGGGUGGCAGGUUCUGAGGAUGUUGAUGGCCCCACUCCAUUGACGUACCUGGUGGGUGGGGAGCCAGGGACCAUGGUGGGGUUUGGGUCCCUCAGAGCAGAGAUGUUAGGUCAAUAGCUGUGUUUUGAGGGGAGUGAUAGAUUGGGGUUAGGGUUGGAUUGGGAGAGGAUCCAGUGGCUCGUGGAAAUGGGUCAGCUGUGUAUGGAUGCUCUGUUUCUGGGCCCCCCCACUGAAAGGCAUUUCUCCCCCGAUGCGCUGUGCAGAGAAUGGGAGCUGCAAAUAAACCAGUGAAGAAGUUAA